GACUGUCGGGUGCCAGGACGGGUCAAAGCAACACCGGAGGAGAUAAAGAAAAAGAUUGAGAUAGUUUGAGAUUUCGGGGGAAAGAGAAAAUCCAGGUGGUCAAGACAGAGCAAGAAAAGGAAAGGAGAGAGAGAAUGAUGGAAGGAGGAGAGGUUUUGGGCAGGGGGUGGUGAUCCUCUGGAGCCAAUGGAGAACAAGAAAGGAGGAUUUCAGGGAGGGUAAAGCCCUGAAGGGACAACUCACCGUUCAGCGCUCAGAGAGGACAGGGGAGGACUCACCUCACAGAGAGACACACGGAGGAUGAUAAGGAAGAAUGACAAGGAAGAGGACAGAUGACUCAAGGAGGCCCAAGAAAACCUUCUAUCUGUAUUUCCAGGAAACACUUGUAUUGAGGACACAAGGUGGACGUAUUUACUGGACUUAGAGACACUUGCAGCCAACUGUUGUGUGUGCACUGGGAGAGAGAGGAGCUGUGAAGUUCCUGUCCACAAGCAGGAGUCUUGCCCCCCCGCGUCCAGGAUCAGUUCUACAUAUGCGUGAGGUUUCCUGUGUACCGGGGUAUAGAACAAGGUGGGCUACGGUGGCUCGAGCUCCAAACUGUUGCUCUGUGUGAAGGAGCUAAACACACAACGCAGGACGGACAGGUUGGGAGAGGUUGUGUCAGAAUUGGACAUCGAAGGCCACAACAGCAGGAGAAGGACAACUUGAGGUUGUUGUUUUGAUGUUGUGGACAAUGAAGGCUCUGCAGAAGAAUCAGGGACGCACUGACCAGAUGUUGGGAGCCAUGGCUGACGUGCUGACGUCUGUGGCCAUGCCCAAUCAACAGUGGCUCUCCGAGGGGGGUGAGGUGGACCUCCCAUCAAGCGAGGAUGAAAAGGGGCCUGUCCAGGGCCUGUGGGAGCCGGAGGGGCUGGAGUGGGAGCAGCAGGCCGCCGCCACCACCAACACAGAAAACCCAGAGCGGAGAGAAAAAACAGACUCGUACUCAGCAGCGGGCAGCGAGGGCAGCAUCUCCACUUCUGUGGCGUCCCUGCCCCCCCAGGCUUCGGGCAGCUCGGCCCCCAGCUCUCCGGGCUCCAGACGCUCUGUGAGCACCCUGAAGAAGUGGCUCACGAACCCCGUCCGCAAACUCAGCGCCGGGGCCACCGCCAAAGGAGAGCGCCAGGUCCGCAAACUAGAAGGAAAAUCUCCGUCUCUUCCAUCCCAGAGCCACAGCCAGGACCUUGGCCCCCCGAGGCCUGAUGAGACCCUCACCAUCCUGCCUGUCACCCACAGAGAACUGGGGUGGAAAGAUGGCCUGGCCAGCCCGGAGGACCUGUCUCCCGCUACACUGCAGUCCCCCAGCUACAUUACUGACUCACUCAUUGGCUGCACAUCCCUGCCAAACACUCAGGACACGCAGUCCACCAACGUUUUGCCGGACGACAGCGGCUCCGUGUUGAUGGACGACACGUGCAGCCAGUGGUCGGCUGCGGCGGACACUGAGGAGGAGAGGGGAAGUGCCUUGGAGAAAAGCUUGUAUGUACUGAAGGAGCUUGUGGAGACAGAGAACCAUUACGUGGGAGACCUGGGAUUCAUAGUGGAGGGUUACAUGGCCACAAUGAGCUCCAAAGGAAUACCGGAGGACAUGAAGGGAAAAGACAAGAUUGUUUUCGGAAACAUCCACCAAAUAUUUGACUGGCACAAAGACUACUUCCUGGGAGAGCUGGAGAAGUGUUUGGCGGAGCCAGAGAGGCUGGCUCAGCUCUUCAUUAAACAUGAGAGGCGUCUGCACAUGUACGUGGUGUACUGUCAGAACAAGCCCAAGUCGGAGCACAUCGUCUCAGAGUACAUCGAGACUUACUUUGAGGAGUUGCGGCAGCAGCUCGGCCACAGGCUGCAGCUCAAUGACCUGCUCAUCAAGCCCGUCCAGAGGAUCAUGAAGUACCAGCUGCUGCUCAAGGAUUUCCUGAAGUAUUACACCAAAGCUGGGAUGGACACGGAGGAGUUGGAGAAAGCCGUGGAGGUGAUGUGCUUUGUGCCAAAACGUUGCAAUGACAUGAUGAAUGUGGGCAGACUUCAAGGCUUCGAGGGUAAGAUCACAGCUCAGGGCAAACUGCUCCAGCAAGACACCUUCACUGUUAUGGAGCAGGACAGCAGCUUCCUCUCCCGGGCCAAGGAAAGACGGAUCUUCCUGUUUGAGCAGCUGGUCAUGUUCAGCGAGCCAAUCGACAGGAAGAAAGGCUUCUCACUUCCUGCAUACAUCUUCAAGAACAGCAUCAAGGUGAGCUGCCUAGGAGUGGAGCCCAGCGUGGACGGCGAUGAAGCGCGCUUUGUGCUGACUUCACGCAACCCCGAUGGGAGCGUGGUGCGCUUCCAGAUGCAGGCCUCCUCCCCGGACAUCUGCAGGGCCUGGGUCAAUGAUCUGGUGCAGAUCUUGGAUUCCCAGCGUAACUUUCUCAAUGCCUUACAGUCGCCUAUCGAGUACCAGCGGCGGGAGAGCAAGUCCAACAGCCUGGGCCGCUGCAUGAGGCCUCCUCUGUCGGCGGCUAGCGCCCUGCGGCCCCACUCCUCCGCCUCCAUCGACCGCCACAAGCUGCCGUCCCUUCACUCCCACAACACCUCCUUGCCCACCCUCUACCUGCCCAGCCAAGGCCCGGGCCAAGGAUCCAACGACACGUACUCAGGCCGGGACCCCGCUGUGGUCCAGCCGUGCCCUGCUGAUCCCCACAGCGUUUCUCUCUCACACGUCCAACUGGGCUUCACUGAUCAGCCAAACUGUCAAACCGUGUCAAAUGGGCUGUACACACCCACCACACAAAGUGCACAGCAGAGAGCAGGAGAGGCCUGCCGCAGGGGUCAGCCUGUCGACGCUGGGAUCCAGGGUCCGCUGUCGGGUUUCUCAGUCGGACGACGCCCCAGCAACCUGGCCCAGCUAGACGAGGACGACCUAUGAACUCUCACGCUUACCCUGUCUCCUGGGUCGGGAGGAGAACAGCAGCUUAAGCUGCGGAGACAAGAGGACAUGUCUACUGUCUGUCUAGGCCAGGCCGGGCCCUUACCUGGUUCGAACAAUCAUUUCUGGAGUAUAACGGAGGGACCUGAAGGAUCGAAUGAAGGAAUUAUGAGCUGCAUCUAUAAAAAUGACUUUGCUCCUGUUUUUAGAGAGCCACGUAAAGGGAGGGGACAACCCUCAGCCCCCUCCAGUGUACAUAUAUGGCAGCCAGUGGGCUUACAAUGGAAAGAGAAGCACUCAGUGGAAACUCAGUGUUAUGACGAUUUUUGCUUUUUACCUUUUCGAGAGUUUGCACGCUACAGUCUUCUCUCUCUUUCGAAGGGCGAGGGGGAUCUGCUCGAUGAAGAAAUAUCCAUUCCUAUUCGGGGCGGUCACUGGAGUUGCGUGUGCCUGAAUGUAUGUUUAUGCAAAGCUGUGUGCGGAUGUGAUUGAGUGCAUGAGUGUGUGCACGGAGCUCUGGUGGCUCCUCUCGUACUCUGGUCAAUUUUCUUGGUUAUGUUUGUUUUCUGACCCCCCCCAUUGUGAAGUACAGCUACGUACAUAUACAUUGUCAUUCCCCUGCUGACAACUGCGUUUGCUGUUUAUGUCGAGGAGAACGGUGAAAGGGCAGAACACUUGAUGUGAACAUGCCACGAUGGAGUCUGCUCGCUCCAGCUUCUUCUGAGGGAACUUUCUUUCUCACCACAGCUCUGAGAGACCCUGUGCUCUCCUAUUCUGUUUGACCGGGCCCUCCUUUUGAUCUGGACAAAGAAGGCGCGAGGGAGCCCCCUGGAGGUUCUCCGUGGGUAUGACGUCACUUCAGAAUACUUUUUUGCACUUUGGGCAAAUUCCACAGGAGUUGCUACAUAGGUGCAUUCAAAGGGGACUGCUGUGCUGACCCAACGUGUUGCAAGCUACAUUUCCUUGUCGGGCACUAUGCUACUUAACACGGAUGUGUCUUUGCAGGCCGGAGUAGAUUUGGGGACUCAUCCUUAAAAUUGCAUUGGUUUAAUACUGAUUGUUUUAUUAGUCCACUGUUGUCAUGUCAAGGCUGUGCACCAUUUAUAUAACCUCUGUUAACUUUUGCUCGCAUGGGUUAAACACUGCGCAGUGCAUAUGAUUACGGGAAUCAUACAUUGCCACUUUUAAGGAGAAGAAGGACCCAGUUUAUGCCAAGUAAUGUUUCCGCUCCAGUUGGUUGAAAUGAAGGAUAAUGUGUUUCUGGAUGAACAGAGAGAUGCUGACAAAUCUGCAUGCAACCUCUUCCUCAGACAACAGUGCCAAAAAAUAUAUAUGUUAAAAAUAAUGCAGCUCACGACUCAAAUGUUUCGUGCUCAUGCUCGAUAGUUCAGUUUGCCAUUACUCUGAAGAAAUAAUUAUAGAUAUAUGAGUUCCGAUCUGGAUUAAAGAGGAAAGCAGGGCAGAUGAGGGGGAUUUAUUCUGUUUACAUCAGGUCUGUUCUCCUUUGUGGCCAGCAGAGGUCCCCACAAGGCUUUCAAAUCCAGCUCAGUUGGACCAUACAGCUGCACCAAAGAUCAGUAGGCCUCAAGUUUCAGUGCUAACAUUGAAAUCGCUUCAUAAUCAGUCUGAGAAAUCCAAGUAAACUGAAAGGUGAAGAUAUUAGACUUUACAGACAUCGCAGCUUUAGUCUGCAGUUGGUGUGAAACGCUGAGUUUUCAUGGGAAAUACCAAUCAGGCAGCUUUGCAUGUGACACAAAAGGAAAACCACUACAGAGAACCGAAAGCAAGGACGUAUAAAACCAGGAGAGGGUCGAUGAACGCCAUGUUUGACUGAGUAGAAACUGUUGUAUCAUAUCAAAUAAAACGUGUCUUUUUGAAGUUGA